AUGAAUGGAAUAAUAAGAAGAGGAGCGAGUCAUCUCCCUCUUCGGAACGGUUCCUCAUCUGUUCUUAGGUUGGCAAUACGUCAUAAUUCCGAAGUAGCAGCUGUUGCAUCUCCAUCUCCAUCUCCAUCUCCAGAAACUACUGAAACAAAUGAAACUAUCAAGAUGCUUCUUGAAGAUUUAAAAGGUAGAGACACUUCAUCCAAACGUGAGCCUAGUAUUUUCAGUAAUAUAACAAAUAUCUAUAAGAAAAAAAUCACUCCUGAUCAAACAAAAUUCGGAUUUUUUAGUUCACCUCAUGAUGAUAUUAGAAGAAAUCCAUUUCAAGAAGAAAUCGAAUAUUUGAAACCAAUUUUUGAAUCUUAUUUAUAUCAAGGGAAUUUCAAAAAGUCUCGUGGGCUUUUAGUGUCAUUGGCAGAAGUGUUGAAGGGUGAUCGUGAAGAAUUAAACUCAUUGUGUAAUAAGUUUUUACACGCUUUGUCAAGUUCAUAUCAGUUGCAAAAAUUACGUGAUGAGGAACGCAACCUUGUUCAAGAACUUGGUUUCGUGCCGGAUGCUAGAACUGACGCCAUUUUUCUUGAGAAGAGAAUCCAAGAUGAUGAUGUUGAUUUAGAGACAUAUUUUUCUAAACGUGAUCCAAGAGAAAUCAAGAAGCUCCUUCGUAAUAUUGAUAUUCUUGAAAGUUGUUUGGAAAAGAUCUUUGACUGUAAGUGUGUUGGACCCUCACAUAUACCUGAUGAUUUGUUGCCUGUUUAUGAAGAGUAUGUUUCCAAGAGGAGUAGUUUUGGAAUAGAAAGUAGAGUGGAAGCUUUAGAAAAGGAUACAGCUGUGUUGCAUGAGAUUGAUUCCUUCAAUCUUCAUGUAGUAAGACAUUCUUUAUUAGGUUUAAGGCCAGAUCCGGAAGAAGUGAAAUUGUUUGAGUUGAAAUUAUCAGCAAUAAUAAGGGAUUUAAACGAUUCAAAAAAAGCGUUAAUCAAAUCAGGAAACUUAAACUAUUUUGAAAUGUACAAACUAUUAGAAACAGACGAACAAAGAGCUGCGUAUGAUGAAGCAUUAGCAGAAUUCAAUGUGCAUAGACAAUAUGAGUUAGAGCUAAGAGCUCUUGAAGGUGCACAACAAAAAUGGAAGGUUGAAAGUGAACAAGCUGUAAAGAAAGGAUAUAUCCCCCCAGAGGUUGAAAUGUCCAAGUUGUUGCAUAGAUGGACCAUAGAACUUAGUAAAGAUUUAGAAGAGGAAUAUGAACGUUGUCAACAAGAGCUCGAAACGAAUUUUACUAAAACUUCUGUAAAAGAAGUAGAUCGUUCACAAUAUGCUCCAUUGUUACUUUUGGUUGAAAAAGAAAAAGUUGCAGCUGCCUCCGUUUUAGAGCUUUUUAAAUUAAAUGCCAGUUCUGGUACUAUAGGUAUGAAGGUUACUCGAGCAUGUGUUCAUAUUGGUAGAGCGAUUGAAAUUGAAUAUCGUAAUUCAUUGCUUUCCAAAAAGGAUGCUCAAAACUUAAAAAAAAUUAGGCAAGGUCAAGGUUUUGCAAAUGGUCUAAAGAUUUCGAGGUUUUUAAGAGGCAAAUUGAUAACGGCUUCUUCUGAACAGAUUCCUCCUUGGAACAAUUUGAUUUGUGCAACCCUUGGUGGUAUGAUGAUUGAGAAAAUAUGUAAACUCAAAAUUACCACUAAUGUAAUUAAAAAUGGUGAAAGAUUGUUUGAUAGUCAUCCUGCUGUUUUUUAUUCAAGACUGUUUAAUGGUAAGCACGGGAGUGGUUAUAUUAAGUUCCAUCCAGAUAUUGAGAAACUUAUAUCAAACAAGAAUCGUUCUGCCACUGUUAUGCCUCAACAUUUACCAAUGUUAGUUAAACCUAAUCCGUGGACAGGACCAACGGGAGGAGGAUUUUGUAGUUCAUUCGUAAAUCUAGUUAGAACUAGAGACUCACCUGAAACCAAGGCAUACGUCAAAGCAGCUGCACUGAAAAAUAAUCUCGACGAAGUCUAUAAGGGAUUAAAUGUAUUAGGAAAUACUCCAUGGACGGUUAAUAGAAAAGUAUAUGAUGUUGUUUCUCAUUAUUGGAAUACUCAAGAGGCGUUUUUGGAUAUUCCUCCAGUAAUAAGAGAACCAGUGUUACCACCAAGACCUGAUAAGGAUGCUGAUCCAGAUGAAAUAUUUGCCUUUAAAGCGUUAUUCAAAAACAUUAUUAACGAAUUCAAUACAGCGAAAUCAAUGAGAAGUGAUCAAAAUUAUCGUUUGGAGACUGCUAGAGGUUAUUUGGGUGAAAAGAUGUAUUUCCCUCAUAGUCUUGAUUUUAGAGGUAGAGCAUAUCCAAUUUGUCCUACUUUCAAUCAUUUAGGUAGUGAUGUAACUCGUUCAUUAUUUUUAUUUUGGGAUGGUAAACAAUUGGGUGAAAGUGGUUUAAGGUGGCUAAAGAUUCAUCUUGCAAAUUUAUAUGGGAUUGAUAAAGUGUCAUUAGAUGAACGUGAACAAUUUACUAAGGACAACUUAGACAAAGUUUUUGCAUCUGCUCGUGAUCCAUAUGCAAACGAUGCCUGGUGGACAAAAGCUGAUAAACCAUUCCAAGCAUUAUCUGUUUGUUUUGAAUUAUAUGAAGCAUAUAAACUAGAUGAUCCAACUAAAUAUGUUUGUCAUUUACCUGUACAUCAAGAUGGUUCCUGUAAUGGGCUUCAACAUUAUGCCGCAUUGGGUGGUGAUAUAGAAGGGGCUAGACAAGUUAAUUUAUUACCAUCAGAUAAACCCCAAGAUGUUUAUACAUAUGUGGCAAAUUUAGUUAACGAGAGAGUUAAUGUUGGUGCGGCUAAUGGUGAAGAAGAAGCAAAAUAUCUUCAAGGUAAAAUCACACGUAAAGUGGUUAAACAAACAGUGAUGACAAAUGUCUAUGGUGUUACUUUCAUAGGUGCAAUUGAACAAAUUAAGAAACAACUUGUGGAGCAUUUCGAUAAAUCAGCAAUGGAUGCUCAUCAUAAACAUUCAACUUAUCUUACCCGUCAAGUUUUCAGUAGUCUUCGAGCAUUAUUCUCAAAUGCUCAUGAAAUUCAAGAUUGGUUAACAGAAUCAGCAAGAAGAAUAAGUAAAUCAAUUGCAGUAGAGAUAGAUAGUGACGAAAUAAGUGAUGAUAAAAUUCAUAGUUCGACAGUUAUUUGGACUACUCCAUUAGGAUUACCUUGUGUCCAACCUUAUCGUGUUCUUAAAAAACAAAUGAUUAGUACUGCAUUACAAACCAUGGGUAUUGCAUCGCCAUCGGUAUCUAGUGCAGUUGAUGCUCAAAAACAACAAGGUGGAUUCCCACCAAAUUAUAUUCAUUCCUUGGAUGCUUCUCAUAUGUUGAUGACUGCUAGAGCAUGUGCUGGAGAAGGGUUGAGUUUUGCAUCUGUUCAUGAUUCAUUCUGGACCCAUGCAAGUGAUGUUGAUACUAUGAAUAGGUUGAUUAGAGAACAAUUUGUGAGAUUACAUAGUGAAAAUUUGGUUGAACAUCUUAAAGAAGAAUUUGAUGCAAGAUAUAAAGGAUACUUUCAAAGGAUUUCUAUUAAACCUACUAGUGUACCUGGUAAUAAGGUUAGAGCAGUUAGAAAAAAAUGGGAUAAAGAACUAGGUAGACUGGUGACAUUUGCUGAUGAAUUAUAUAUGGAACAAAAAAGACAAAGGUUAUUAGCAUCUCAAAAUCCUGCUGAAGUUGAAAAGGGGAAAAAAAUGGUAACAACUAUUAGUGUUAUUGAAAAGGAUGAUGUAUAUGGUUUACAUAAACCAGGAGGUUUGGAAAUAUUGGUUCCUCUUCAGUUCCCAGAAGUUCCAAAAAGAGGUGAAUUUGAUCUUGAGCAAAUUAAACAAUCACAGUACUUCUUCUCAUAG